AUGUAUUAUACAGACAUUGUAAUUUUAACCUGCAUUAAUUCAAGGAGAGCGAUCUCAUCUACAUUUGGAGAACCCAAACCUAAGAUGAAGAAACCUGGCCUCCUUUUCUCCCUAGUGAUUGUAGUGCUGGGACUAGGGAUCCUUCUUACAUUGCUUAAUAUCUAUGAGCUUUAUAAAAUGAGGGAAACCGGAGUGUUACAACAGGCUAAUCUCCCACAGGUGGAGGGAAGGACUGGAAAUUAUGCUGUCAGGGUGCCUAUAGUGUGGGUGGAGGGCAAAAAGCUAGAGUCUGGAUACUUGAAGCAUGUAUUUGCAGUAUUUAAGAGGAUAGGAUAUGUUGUUGGUGAUGGCGAGUCUGAUUGGGAUGUACUCUGGUCACAUGAAUAUCCGUUUGUAAAGCUGGCCAAAAAAAUCUCAAAUCUCAAGCCUCAUCAGAAGGUAAACCAUUUCCCUGGGUCAGGUUACAUAACCAGCAAGGUCAAUCUGGCAGUCUCCAAAAAUCCCUUUAUACCCAGGGCCUUCAAGAUCCCCAAGGAAAAGGACAAAUUUCUUCAAUAUGCAGAGGAGCACCCAGACACCCUGUGGGUCAAGAAAAGAAACAUUCACAGAGGAAUCAAGAUAAAAAAUGUACAGGAACUAGACUUGACAGAAGAAGGUUCCUUUGUUCAGGUGUUUGUGGACCGACCAUUUCUUAUUGAUGGCAGGAAGUUUGACAUUGGAGUGUACACCAUAUUGACAUCUAUAAAUCCACUAAGAGUGUAUACUAUAGAGUCUGAGGCUUCAAUCAGGUUCUGUUCCCAGGAUUAUUACCCUUUUGAUGCCCGUAACAUCAGCAAGUAUGUGGUGGGAGACGCCUUCACUCCAGUCUGGAAGAUUCCAUCCCUGAAAAAGCUGAAUAGAGAAUUAAAUUUCAGCUUUAAGGGAUCAUUUGAUGCUUAUUUGGAAAGGAAAGGUCACAAUGUUAGGAAGUUGUGGCGUGAUAUUUCUGCUGCCAUCAAGACUGUUUACUUACAGAAGGAGGCGGCCAUCAUUUCCGCUACAAAUAUGUACUCUUCUUCAAGAAAUUUCUUUGAAUUGGUUCGAUUUGACUUUAUCCUAGAUGAGGAUUUAAAUGUGCACCUUAUGGAGGUGAACAUGUCUCCUAACCUGUCCUCAGGUCACUUCCCACGAAAUGCCGAGAUGUAUGAAAAAGUAAUGUUCAAUUUGCUGAGUGUUGUCUUAGUCACUAGGCCAGUCAAAAAUGACUUCUUUAAAAGUUCAGAGGAUGAAGCCAAUAUGAGAGUCUCUGACAAGGACAUUUCUGUGUUCCCUGAGUGGUGUCUCAGUAAAUCAUGUCUACAUAGCUGUAGGGAAGAGAUGUGUAAGUUAUGUAGCCAAUGUGUGUCUCUGACAAUGAAGGAAACACUGAAGCUGGCUUAUCUAGAGCAUGUAAAUAAGGGAAGCUGUGGUCGUGUCCUCCCACAAAAAAUGACGGUGGAGUUCGCUUUAGAAUGGUCCCCCUCAACAAAAGACCCAGAGUUUCAGAGUCUGAAUAAGAGGAAUAAGUUGAUGUACAUGUGGUUUGUUGGCAAAUGUAGACAGAAUGCCGCCUGGUGUUAGACCAAACAAUCAAUCAUCCGUUACAAAAGAAUAACCACUAAAACAAAAACUGUCAUGUUAUUGCAGAAUUCCUUAUCUCCGACACAGAAGAGUUACAUUGCUAUUUUUUAAAUUUCUUUCAAUGGAAAUCUAAUUAGGAGAUUUAAUCGAGUAAAAUGUAAAAAUAGAUUCUUGAAAAUAUUAGGCGCAGUUUAGGUAUUAUUGCCAUUAAGGCAUCUGCCUGUGUUUAUUUGAUACCAUUGCAUAUAUUGCAUGUACUCCUUGGUUUAACCAUUUUACAUGGUUUUGAACUUCUUCAGUACAAUUUCUGGGAUAUACUUCAUUUUUUGUAUGUUUGUUUUGUUAAUACAUAUUAUUUAUAUGAUACAUAUGCGGGUGAUCUUUUGUAACAUAUCAAUUUUGUGUUAUAAGUGGAGCAUAUCUUGAUUUAGGGAUUUCAGCUUUAGUGUGUUGAUAUAAUUUUGGACAUGCAUUAAGAUAUUUUAAUUUGUGGAUUCUUAUCAUAUAGUGCAAUAUUCAAACAGAAAUGUAAAUUAAAUGUUUGCUGCUGAAAUUAGGCAUAUGUUUUUGUCAGUUUUGUGUUAAUUGUCAUCAAACCACUAUAUAGGAUUUAGCUUAGCUAUAUCUAUUUAUUUCCAAAAGGGAAAUAAUAGUGUAGUGGUUUGAGCUUUAAUACGGACCAUGGAUAUCGGCCUGAGUAGCUCAGUGGUUAGAGCACCUGACUAGUAAUACAGGGGUCCCAGGUUCAAUUCCCAGUCAGGCAUAUACUUUUCUUUCAUUCCUCCUUCUUUAUUGAAUACUGCAAUAAAGUAAAAGUUCUGGUUAAUACCUGUAUGAAGUCCACAAUGUUAAAUUAUGAAUUGAUUUAGAAGUACUGACUAGUAUGCUUUAAAAGUUGUAGCUUUGUAUAAUACAUGCAUGUACAUUGUAACUCAGAAAACAUUUGCUUCACAAUAAUUAGAAUGUAUGAUGUUGAUGUAAACAUUUUAAUUAACUUAAAAAGUUUUACUUCAUUGCUAGUAAUUAAAAAAACUCUUUCUA